CUGACAGCACGGCCCGACCGACACUUGACUCAACUCUCUUCAGACGCUGAGCAGCGUUUUGAUAUGCGGGCCGUAACAAAGUUAAAAUGAGAAUCAUCGGACGACAGCGUUAACUAAUGACACGUCUGAGCGAUAUUAUGGAAACACAAGGCAAAUUACUAUAUUCGAAGCUUUUUCACAAGCACAGACAGGUAGAAGUUGCUUUAAACUGCAGUAUUUUGUCGUGGAAGGAAAUUGAGAGGAGCAGAAAACGAAGCUCUGGCAUCAGCAACAGUGCUGAGACAGCACACAGCCACGCUGUUCAGGUGUGUGAAAUAGUGUCUGUCUGCAAGACCGACGAGCAAGAGAACACAAAGACCAGGAGGAGUCGGACCAACGCAGAGCAGCCCUCCCAACUGUAUCCUCAUGCAUUCACAGUUUCCUGCGUUAGAAGAACGAGGCAGCACCGGUGGCGGUGUAGUGAUGUCACUUUCCACUCCGCCAACCAGGGACUCUGCGAGCAGUGGAUCCAAGUUAUCAAUGAGCAACUAUCAUUACUCACCAACCGACCAAAGAGCCUUCUGGUGUACAUCAAUCCAUUCGGGGGAAAGCGGCACGGAAAGCGUAUUUAUGAGCGGAAGGUGGCUCCGCUGUUUGGCCGCGCCUGCAUCUCAACCGACGUGAUUGUUACAGAGCGAGCCAAUCAUGCCAGGGACCACUUGAAAACGGAGGCCAAUCUAGAUAAAUAUGACGGGGUGGUGUGUGUGGGUGGAGAUGGGAUGUUCAGUGAGAUCCUGCACGGGUUGAUCACCAGGACCCAAACAGACAGCGGCGUGGACCAGAAGCAACCAGAUGCUGAGUUGGUGCCGUGUUCUCUGCACAUAGGGAUCAUUCCUGCAGGCUCCACUGAUUGUAUCUGCUUUGCCACAGUGGGAACCAACGAUCCAGUGACUUCUGCUUUACACAUUAUUGUAGGUGAUUCCCAGCCGAUGGACGUGUGUUCAGUUCACCACAACGACACGUUUCUCAGAUACUCUGUGUCGUUGCUUGGUUAUGGUUUUUAUGGUGAUGUACUGACCAACAGCGAGAGGACGAGAUUUCUGGGUCCUGCUAGAUACGACCUGUCAGGGCUGAAAACCUUUCUGAGUCACAACUACUACGAAGGCACCGUCUCUUUCCUCCCCGCGGAGAACAACGUGGGGGAUCCCAGGGACAAGCUGCAGUGUCGAUCCGGGUGCCCCAUCUGUCAGCAUAAGCCCUCUUCAAAGGACGUGCAGUGUGAGAUGUCGGAGAAGAAGGAAAAGUCUGAUGAAGAUGUCAGCGGUGGUUGGAGGGCGAUCCGUGGAAGGUUUAUUGCCAUUAAUGCGGCGAGUAUGAGCUGCGCGUGUCCCCGUAGUCCACAAGGCCUGUCGCCCUCCGCUCACCUCGCCGACGGCACCACAGACCUCAUCCUCGUCAGGAAGUGCUCCCGUCUGGACUUCUUCAGGCAUCUUCUUCGACACACCAACAAAGAAGACCAGUUCGACCACUCGUUUGUGGAGGUCCACCGGGUGAGGAAGUUUCGUUUCCAGCCGCAGCAACAUGAGCUGGUUUCACUAGAAGACCUGAGUGUGAGUCCCAUAAGCUCCGCCCAAACAACCUACAACUACAGCACCUCCCACAGCCGAUGGAGCUGCGACGGCGAGAUCCUGCCUCACGCUGCCAUCCAAGUCAGUGUCCAGUGCCAGUUGAUCAGGCUGUUUGCCCGUGGUAUCGAGGAGCAGCAGCAGUGUUUGUUAGAAGAUCCUUGUACACUGUGGGCCCUGGAACCAAGCACACACUAGUCAUUGGACUGAUAGCUGCACUGGACAUUUAGCUACUGGGAAACAAAAACUGAGUUGCACUUGGCAAGAUGCUUCUGGAAAUGAAAUUCAUCACAUGAGUGUAAAUCCGCUGGCAUCCCAACCCUCUUUAGUGUAGUUACUUAAAUGAAAGUUGCAGGAAGUCUGCUCAAUUAGCUAAGAGAAGUAAUAUUCCAUUAACUGUUGUUACUAAGGAGUAACUUCAGUCUCCUUUCUGCGUUUGGGGAUAUUAUGUGCAAAAUUGCAUCAUGCAGCUUUAACUAACCCAAAAUAUGAAACUGCUGCUAGUGCCAGAGCUGCCAUAUUAUUUCUUUAACCAUACUUUUUGGAAAAUGCCAGAUUUUGAAGCUCAGAGGAUCUCAAGCCGCCAGAUGAAACGGAGCUGAACCGGACUCAGCUGUGACAAUCGGCAAAAGGGUUUUAUACUACCAUGAAGGAGAACACAAAUAGGAUUCCUCCCUGUGUAGCAAAGAGAGACAGUCGAGGAGAUACUGCUUUGUGAGGGGGGAUGAGGAAGAAAGGCCUGUGAAGUAAACAGAAACCAAAAAGACACAAAAUGCCACAUGCAAUCCUAUCUUCCCUUUUUGGGAAGAAAAAAACAUUUAAUCUGUGACCCAGGUGAAAGCAGAUAUGAGCCAGGGGCACUAAUGAAAAGAGCUGAAUACCCUACUAAUACACUAACAGGACCCUGGUGGAUUCUGGGUAAUAAGGCAAAGUGGUUGCUAAGUGAUUUGGUGUGUCUCAGCACUGCUGCGGUGCACCUGUGGCUCUGACCGCUGCUCUUCCCUGGCCAAAAACUACUGACGGUUGAAUCAUCACCUGGGAUGAGCCAGGCCCAGAAUUCUGCAUUGUUAACUUUAUUAAAGAUAAUGUGUUGUAGGCUACGACAUUAACCUCAUUAGCUCCUUUUUGUGAAGCCGGACCAUCGGAGAAAGCUAGGCUACUCCUGCAUUGAUAAAACUGCAUUCAAACCACAUGCACAAUAAUAAUAAUACGAUAAAGUGUGUGUUUGUGUGUGUAGGCUUAAGUAUGUUUUCCACAAUCCAUUUCAGGGACAUGCAAUCAUUGGAGUGUGUGUCUGUGUGUGUGUUAAUUUAUUUGUGAAGGUGCCAAUGUGAUGAGUUAGCUCUAUCACAAUUGGCCUCAUGACUGCCAUUUUGCAGAUGCUCUCUCACUGCAGCCAAGACAAGCAAAGACGGCUACACACACACUUUCUGUCUUUCUAUUAUGCUAUUUGUGAUAUUCAAUGUCUUUCUGUGUCACACAUUGUCACACACACACUCCUUAACUUUUAACACCAUAAAAGCCUGCUCUUCACUUUGAAUCCACUAACACUGUUAAUGCUGACUCUGAAUGUCUAUAAUGUUUCACCUUCAGUGCGCACUUUUGUCAGUUUAUGAUGUUCUUUCAAGGAGUCGGAUGCUUUUAUAUCCUUUGCGUGCACACACACACGCACACACACGCAGACACACACAUAAACUGUUGAAGGGAAGAUUGUUUUCAGAUAUGACAGUUUUGAAAAAGCUAAAGAAUUUAGAAAUGUAUGACUGACAAUGCAAACAAAGUUGAGCUGACAUUUGAAUUCCCCCUCACUUCUGUCUUAGGAAACAAACUUUAAUAAUAUUGCAGCUUUAAGAAGCUAGCAAGCUAAGAAAACUAGCUUAGCCCCAUGGCUUCCACUUGAAACGUUGAAGCUAGUUUAGCUAGCUUAGCUGGCUAACGUUAGCACUGAUUCCCAGACAUUAGUUCUUGUUAAUUCUUAGCAACAUUUUUAUUGACUUCAAGUUUUUAAUAAGUCUUGCUGCUCUCCAUAUCAGAGUAAUCGCAAAUCAGCUGUGAUGCGAGUAGAUAUGUGAUUUAUUUGAUGAAAAUGCUCAAUAAAGUUUUUGAAAUGUG